AUGGCUACUGGUGGCUUCCCUCAAGAAGGUUCUAUUCAGAGUGAUGAGGAAGAAGAGUUCAAGCCGCGUGGUAAUAUCCUUAAACUUUGGGGCAAUCAAGUCACAAUGAAUAUAAACCCAAUGAUCCAUACAAACAUCAUACAGUCACCCUAUUUCAAGACUAAUUUAAUUGAGCUUAAAACCUACCACGAGGUUAUUGACGAAAUUUAUUAUAAGGUCACACACUUAGAACCUUGGGAGCGUAACAGUCGCCGCAUGGGAGGCCAGACGGGAAUGUGUGGAGGUGUGCGCGGUGUUGGCGCUGGUGGAAUUGUCUCUACUGCCUACUGUCUUCUCUUCAAGCUCUUCACGUUAAAACUUACGAGAAAACAACUUAAAGGCCUUUUGGAGCAUCCAGACUCACCGUAUAUUCGUGCUUUGGGGUUUAUGUACAUCAGAUAUUGCCUGCCUCCGGAGGAUCUUUGGAUGUGGUUUGCACCAUAUCUUGACGAUGAAGAGGAAAUUGAUGUCAGAGCUGGUGGUGGUUGCAGUAUGACGAUUGGGGCUAUGCUGGGGCAGUGGCUCACGAAACUCGACUGGUUCUCCACCCUCUUUCCUAGAAUACCGGUUCCAGUUCAGAAGAAAAUUGACGAGAAGUUACGACUUCGUCGUCAAAAACAGCUGCGAGAAGAGGCUGCUCGUGGGCAGAGGUACAACGAUCGAGAAAACCGUAGCGACUCAGAAGACCGAUACUCCAGGGACAAAAAGAAAUACAGGGACUAUGAUGACGAGCAGGCAAAAUGCUCUUCGCAUUCUCGCUCGCGUUCUCACGACCGGCAUAGACAUAGACGCCAUCGAUCGCGUUCAAGGAGUCAUGAUCGGGGCCGCCGCGAGACCUCCUUUGAUCGCGAUCUUCGAAGGGUGCGUGAACGACAAGAAAGAAUACGACGAUAA